UUAUUAUUGUUUUGUUUUUAAUUUCUAAACAAUUGCAAUGGCUUUGAUGACGUUACGAAUAUUGCGUAUGUCCAUGAUCGUUGUCAAGGAAUUUACACAACCUGUUAAAAAAUUGUUUGUAAAUAUCGCGCAACGCAAUACAUUUUUUCGCAAAUAUAUUAUAAAACCUCCCGCCCGUGGAUACUAUUGGUGUGAGAAAUCUCUCCAUAAGCUCAUAUCUAAAGAUACGCAAUUGGAACAACUAACCGAAGAAGGAACCAUUGAUUUAGGUGCAGCAAUAUGGGCGGAGAUAGUCGUUUUUUUAGGAUGCUCAAAAGUUUUACUUGUGGAAACGAAUAAGCAAAUAAAGCAGAAAGAAAUGGCAGAAGAAGAAUUAAUUAAACGGGAACGAAAUAUAAAUGAGUCGGUGGAAAUUUUGCAGAAUAUGUUAAAUUUACAGGUUAUUUAUAUUGAACAAAUAAUAGUCGCCCUUGAAGAACUUGGUUUUCACUGGUGUGAAGUUACGCUAAAGAUGUUGCUAUUGAACUUAGGUCGACCGGUGAAGGUGGUGCCACUCAACGAAACAAUGGCACUUGAAUUGGGCGCUGAACUAUUGGGUGAAUUAAUUGUAUUCUCAGUUGCCGCUGCGGGUUUGAUUUUUGAAACGAAGAGGUAUAUACAUACGCAAGCUAAGAAAAGAGAUUUUGAAAUGAAAAGUGUGAAUAUCCAUAGUAUUGAUCUAAUUGAAGCAACAAAGGUAUUAGAAUACCGACAGCAGAAGCAAAAAAUGUAUAUUCAGGAGAUCGCACAAGCUUUGGCCGAACUAAAUAGUCCCAUCAAUAUAAACGAAUUGGAAAAACGAAAAACUGUGCAAGAAAAUAACGACAAACUAUUUGAAUAUAUGCUAUGAAUAUGAAUAAAACCAAAAAUCCUCUUUAUAUAGUCGUAUGUAUAAUAAAUUAUAGUAAAUUUAAAAUUCCCUUUUGUUUGCUGUUGUUUUUGCGGUAAWUCACAUCAAAGAGUCGAGAAUUACGUAAAUUAAGAACUCUUUAGAGAAGUGAGUCACAGAUUAGAAGCUGCUCCCAAAUGUCUAUAAUUUUUUCAUAAUGAAAAAAAUUAAU